AUGUUUCAGGUGGUGGGGUCUCGCGUGGGAAAUCAAAAGGGAUAGAGGCGAACAGAGGAGGGAGGCCAACGCUACAGUAGAAUUCAGAAUCAGCCGCAAACACACACACACACAGGAGGCGGAUUCAUGUCGUUUCUUGUUCGGAAAAAAGCAAAGAAGAUAUAGCUUCAGAAUCAAUUAAAAAAAGAAGAGAAAGAGUAGAGGUAGCAAGUGAUGGAAGUAGCAACUCCAAAUAUUACUUUCGAUGAAGAAGAUUCGCAAAUUCAAAUUUCUGGUCAUUCUCUACGUAAUGACCCCGGUCCCUUUGAUCCCUCUGUACUCUAUGAUCAGGACGAGCAUAUAUCAUCGGCUGUUUGGGAAGGACUGGAGCGUGGUGCGCUUAGAUGCCACGAGCAUACGUCAAAGCUUGAAGAGUGGAAGUUAACAGGGAAGCAACUAGAGUUGGUUGAGAAAGCUGGGUUUAAGUAUUUUAGAAAGAUUGAAGCAUUUAGUUUAGAUAAUCAGCUGAUUUCUGCUUUGGUUGAAAGAUGGAGAAAGGAAACUAAUACAUUCCAUCUACCUGGUGGGGAAAUGACCAUAACUUUGGAUGAGGUUGCACUCAAUCUUGGACUAGCAAUUGAUGGGGAGCCCGUUGUAGCUGUAGAGUUAGAAGAUUCUUCUGCCAUACCCAUUUGUGAGAAACUCUUGGGAAAGAAACCAACUUCGAGUGAUCGAAGGGGUGGAUUCUUGAAGCUAUCUUGGUUGAAGGAUUCCUUUUCACACUGUCCAGAUGUUGCUCCUCUUGAACAGGUUGAGCAGUGUACUCGAGCUUAUCUUCUAUAUCUUGUAGGGAGUACCAUUUUUUCUACAACUAGUGGAAACACAGUUCCUGUCAUCUUCCUGCCUCUAUUUGAGGAUUUUGACAAAGCAGGGAAAUAUGCAUGGGGUGCCGCAGCGUUGGCCUUUCUGUAUAGAGCACUUGGCAAUGCCACUAGUAAAUCUCAAAGCACGAUCAGUGGUUGUUUGACACUGCUCCAGUGUUGGAGUUACUGGCAUCUAAAUAUUGGUCGCCCAAAACUCAAUCAAGGACAAGCCCAUGAUACCUUUCCACUUGCACUUCGUUGGAAGCAAAAACUAAGUGGUCUACGAUCAAAAUGUGAUGUGGUUCAGUACCGUAAGGCACUGGACUCUCUCCAACCAUGUGAUGUUGAAUGGCAACCUUACCAUGAUAUGGAUGAGAUUGUGCCAGAAGAUAUCAAGGACACUUUGAUUCUGGGCAGAUCAAGGACAACUUUGAUUUGCUUGGACAAGGCAGAAAAGCACCUUCCAGAUCGCUGCGUGAGGCAAUUUGGCUUUAAUCAACCAAUCCCACAAGAAGUGCCACAAUGGAAGGGAAUUGAUGGUGAGGCAGACCAGUCGAAAAGCAUUGCUUCAAGUUGUGAGGAUUGGUCAAAGCAUCGAGAUCAAAUUGUAGAAGGUGAUGAUAGAGUUGAUGACAGCGAAUACUUACUGUGGUACUCCAACAUUACCAGAAAAUUUGUGGGAAGGCAUACAUCUUUGGAAUCUAUGUUUCGUCAAACAGUUGCUGGCAUGACAAAAAUGCUGGAGCUAGCAAAGACACUAUCAAGAGAUGAUAUGUUUCUCGUAAACCAGAAGGCUGUUGAGAAUAUUAAGAACAUUUUGAGUGAGAGUUUGAAGAACCCGUUUUCGAAUUCAAAAGGUAAGUUACCAACAAAAGGUAGCAAGAAGCGAAAGCUAAUAGAUAUCUAGUUGGUGUGGAAAUUUCGUAGUAGAAGAUGUUUAGUACAGGCCUAGAAAACUCCAGGAAUCAUUGCAUUUUGUUUAACAGGCUUCUUGUUUACUAUAUUGAAGAUCCCAGAUAUUAUCCUUGCGUGUGUAUCGCAUUAUUGCUUGGAACUA